AUGGCGAAGCCAAGGGUGUCAAGGAUGAACAACGAAAGCGGAGCCAAAAAGUCUUCUAUGGCGCGAAUGAACCGAGAAUGGGAGGACAAGUUUAGUGUAGGCAUCUUGCGACCAGAAGGCCGGGCCGCAAUACAUCAUCACGUGUCGCGCGGGUCGUAUUCCAUUGCUGAGAGCGUCAACCUGAUCGCUAAACUACAUUACCCUACGUCGAUGAUCAUGGGCGAGCGUUCAAGGAGCAGGUCGCCAGGGAGAAGGCUUGACAGAGAAAGGUCUGACAGAGAGAGGCCUAGAAAAAAUGGAGGAGGAGGAGGAGGAGGAGGAGGUUUUCGAUGGAAGGACAAACGGCGCGAUGGCGACAGCAGACACGAUACAGAUGAACGGAGACUAAAUCGAGGAUACAGAGAUAGGGAAGAACGGGCAAGAUCUCCGCGACGCGACAGAGAUACGUAUCGACCUGAGGAUAGGAACAAGGAUAGCGAUCGUGACCGAAAGCGUCCUGAGGGUGAUGAGAGAGACGGACGGGACAAGAAGAAGAAAGAGAAGAAAGAAAAGAAAAACGCCGUUCCUCAGUCCUCAGAACCGAUGAUUAUUGUGCAUGUGAAUGAUCGUCUCGGCUCGAAAGCUUCAAUUCCAUGUCUUGCAUCGGAUCCAAUCAAGCUUUUUAAGGCACAGGUUGCUGCACGUAUCGGACGUGAACCACAUGAAAUCCUCCUCAAGCGCCAAGGGGAGCGACCUUUUAAAGAUUUCUUAACACUGGCCGACUACAGCAUUUCUUCAGGAAGCCAGCUUGAUCUGGAGGUCGGCACUGGUGAAUAA